CAGUCCGAAUCUCUCAGUCUCAGUCUCCGUUUUAUUACGAGUAUUCUCAUCGAGCUCACAUAAAGUUUGUCUUGGCUCGAGCUGCGCACAGUUCAAGUUUUACAUUUACUGCGAACAGAGCAACAAACAUGAAGUUCUUUGCUCUGCCCCUUUUGUUUGUGGGCUUCUUGGCAUUGGGCCAAAGUAACGCCGCUGCCGGAUCGUCUCAUCUGCUCUGCUAUUACGAUGGCGCCAGUUUCGCUAGGGAAGGCCUCUCGAAGUUGUCGCUCAACGACUUGGAGCCCGCACUUCAGUUUUGCACGCAUCUGAUCUACGGUUUCGCUGGCAUCAAUCCCAGCAGCAACAAACUGGUCAGCAACAAUGAGAAACUCGAUCUCGAUAUCGGCAGCGGCCUCUUCCGCUCCGUCACGGGUCUCAAGAAGAAAUAUCCAGCUCUGAAGGUGUUGCUCGGCGUUGGCUUCGACAAGGAUGGUGUCGAGGAGGAGAACACCAAGUACUUGACUCUGCUCGAGAGCAGCAAUGCUCGCAUUCCAUUCAUCAACAGCGCCCACUCGCUGGUUAAGACAUACGGCUUCGAUGGUCUCGAUCUCGGCUGGCAAUUCCCCAAGAACAAGCCAAAGAAGGUGCACAGCGGCAUUGGUUCGUUCUGGAAGGGUUUCAAGAAGAUCUUUACCGGCGAUCACAUUGUCGACGAAAAGGCCGAGGAGCACAAGGAGGAGUUCACCGCUCUGGUACGUGAGCUUCGCAACGCCUUCCGUCCCGAUGGCUAUCUGCUGGGUGUCAGUGUGCUGCCCAAUGUCAACUCAUCGCUGUUCUACGAUAUUCCUGCUCUGAUCAACAACCUGGACUUUGUCAAUCUGCAUGCCUACGAUUUCAAUACGCCACUGCGCAAUCCUGAGGUUGCCGAUUUCCCCAAUCCCAUCUACGAAGCCAACGAGCGCAAUCCUGAAUUCAACAUCAACUAUCAGGUACAAUUCUGGCUGAACAAUCAUGCUCCCGCCGCCAAGAUCAAUGUCGGUGUUCCCACCUUUGGACGCGUCUGGAAAUUGACCAAGGAUUCGGGCCUCACUGGUCUGCCACCAGUUUCCGAUGCCGAUAGCGUUGGCGCUGCCGGUCUUCAGACCCAAACUCCCGGUUUCUACAGCUGGCCCGAGGUGUGCGCCAAGUUGCCCAACCAGGCGAAUCAGCAUCUCAAGGGUGCCGACGGUCCACUGCGCAAGGUUGGCGAUCCCACCAAGCGUUUCGGCAACUAUGCUUACCGCUCGGCCGAUGAUAAGGGCGAGAAUGGUCUGUGGGUGGGCUACGAGGAUCCCGAUACGGCUGCCCUCAAGGCUAACUUUGUGAAGACUCGUGGUCUUGGCGGCAUCGCUUUGGUCGAUCUGAGCUACGAUGAUUUCCGUGGCAGCUGCACUGGCGGCGAAAAGUAUCCCAUUCUGCGUGCCACCAAGUACGGCUUGUAAGCGGAGGCAACAUUCGUCUGUUUAUGUACACUGUCUUCCACAAGUAUACAUACGCAUACACACAUACUAUUUUCAUUUUGAGUAACGCCUAAUAAACUCGAACUUUUAUUUGUAUAUUAAAAAUGUUAAAAUAUGAAAA